UUACUUCGGCUAUCUCCGGAGCUUCCCCCCUCUACGUCCUCUCGGCAACUUCCGCCACGCCUCGUGCCUCUCCGCCUCCCACUCGGGUCCUGUCGGUGGAGCUGAUUCUCGCUGUCGUCGUCUCUCUCGUCCUCCUCUCCGUGUUGUUGUUCUCGGUGACGCGACGGAGGUGUAGCCUGACGCGGUCUCUUACGUGUCGGUCUGAAUAAAAGUGGAGCUCCGUAGACCCGGGAGUGACGAAGCGAGUCUGUGUUGCAGAUUUUAAAUGACCAUGGAGGCUGCUGCAGACACACAGCAAGGUGGUGAAGCUGCUGUCUCGGAGUCUGAGGCCCAGCAGAUCACUCUCACCCAGGCGUCCAUAGCAGGCCAGGUGACGUCCGGUAGUCCCACAGUCACGCUAGUCCAGUUACCUAACGGGCAGACGGUGCAAGUGCACGGGGUGAUCCAAGCUGCACAGCCCUCCGUCAUCCAGUCCCCACAAGUCCAGACUGUACAGAUUUCAACUGUUGCAGAGAGCGAGGACUCUCAGGAGUCUGUUGACAGCGUGACAGAUUGUCAGAAGAGGCGAGAGAUCUUAUCCAGGCGACCCUCUUACAGAAAGAUUCUGAACGACUUAUCGUCAGAUGUUCCCGCAGUGCCUCGAAUUGAGGAAGAGAAAUCAGAGGACGACUCAGCACCUGCCAUCACCACAGUCACCAUGCCCACUCCCAUCUAUCAGACCAGCAGCGGCCAAUACAUCGCCAUCACUCAAGGUGGAGCCAUCCAGCUGGCCAACAACGGCACAGAUGGAGUCCAGGGCCUGCAGACUCUGACCAUGGCAAACACGGCUGGAGCUCAGCAGGGUGCCACCAUCCUGCAGUACGCCCAGACGAGCGACGGGCAGCAGAUCCUCGUGCCUAGCAACCAAGUUGUUGUACAAGCUGCCUCUGGCGACGUCCAGGCUUAUCAGAUCCGCACAGCACCCACCAGCACCAUCACUCCUGGGGUGGUCAUGGCGACUUCGCCUGCACUGGGCUCAGGAGGAGGAACCGAGGAAGUUACACGCAAAAGGGAGGUCCGGCUCAUGAAAAACAGGGAGGCAGCCCGAGAGUGCCGCAGGAAGAAGAAGGAGUAUGUCAAGUGUCUGGAGAACCGCGUCGCCGUGCUGGAGAACCAGAACAAAACCCUCAUUGAGGAACUCAAAGCCCUCAAAGACUUGUACUGCCACAAAUCCGAGUAGAAAGCACCACCCGACGCCUGCCCAGGUGCCCGUCUGUAAACCCCCGUACAGAGACUCAGCACAGAGCCACGCACCUGGAAGCCACGCUCCCCCUUUUUCUACUCUGCAGCUUCCUUUUUAAAAACUGCUAAAAUAUCUGUAAAAAGACUCACCAGGAACAGAAACACACUCAGUUUUCAGCGAUUUUGAGUUAUACUAUGAGUUUCCCACUGAAGGGUUUUGGAAGGUCGAGAGCGGAUGUGGAUGAAUCUCUGACUCCAGAGUCCUCGUGGUGAAGGAAGCAGAAAGAGCCACAGAAGGGAAGCAUUCCAGCCACUGGUGCUGGACUAACCGGGCAACAUCACCAGCAACGGGCCACUUCUCGAGCCACGUCACCGACCCCCCCCCAUCCCCCCGACUUUUUACAGUGACCCCUGAACUCUGGGAUCAUUUGGAGAGUUGACCUUGGUGUGCAGCGUUUGUAACUGUAACCGCGCUCCGCAUUAACAUCUGUUACUUACUAAUGCUUUGAACUGUAGACGGGCUGUCAUGGACUUUUUAUCUUUUAGCUUCGUUUGUUACGUAUUGCCAUUUUUUUUUUUUACCUUAAUUAACUCUGCCUUGUCAACAUAAAAGUGAAGCAUUACAUUGGGUUGUGAAAUGAUUUUCAUGUUGAAAUACACAAGAGAAGAGACUCUUAAGGAACAUUGAUGGUUACAGGUAUCUUCAUGUGUUUGAUGGCUCUCUAAUGCAUGUUUCUAAAGGCUCAUUGUUUUUGAUUUCUACAUCUUUAGAGGAAAAGCAUAAACAGGCCGUGGAUGUUGUUUCCUGGUGCUUGCUGUCGUGUAAACAGGGUUCUCUGGAGCAGAAUAUCUCCUCCAGGGGAAGUGAUUCAAUGAGACGCUGUUCAAGUGAAGCAGGAUGUAAAAUAAGCAGAAGAUGGUCAGUGUUUAUGUAAAAGCUUGUAUUUUAAAACGUGGAUUUUCGUGUUUUUUCUGUCUUUAAGAACUAUUUUUUUACUCCGUUUUUAAAUUCAUUCUAUCACUUUUUAGAUUCACUUUGAGUUGAAAACAAAAACAAUGGGCCUCUUCUUUUUUUGCAUACUUCUAAACAGACUUUGGAGAUUAAUUUCCUGUCAUUGGAAACCUGAUCUGUGGGUUUAUUACACUGUCUUUGAAUUUGUGCUGUCCCUGAAUUAGUUCUGCAUUGAUGUUGUUCCAUUUAGGAGAAAACAAUCAUGUCUCCAACCAGAGCGUCUCCAAACUCUGUUUAGUCCGAUUACAAAGUGGCAUGCGCACUUUCCUUGCACAUACAAUCCUACCGCAUUUCACAUGAUUCACUGGGAUAAUUUCACUCAGCACAAACAGGCAAACUGCUGCUGCUGCUGCAAGAUGAGAUUUAACUCUGAAGUGCUGCACAGUGAUUACUUUGAAACUGUAAAGGCAUCAUCAUGCAUUCGAUAUCAGUUGUUAAAUUUCACUGUGUGCAACUCUUGCACCUUCAGACACCCCCACGUAAGGAUUGCAAAGUGUGAUAAAUUCAAGACUUCAACGUGAACAAAAUGGAGAUUUUCAUGAUCAUGGAAUGCCAUAUUGUAUUAUUUUAGGUAUUACGUAUUGUCAAGACCUAGUAUGCUUUUUUAUGUUGCUUUUCAUUAAUUUUGUAUUCACAAUUUCUAAAUGUUGGCACCAACUUGUAUGAUACAGUGCAUUAUGUUAGAGCUAUUCAAAUAUUACAUUUUUUGGCAGCUGUUAAUAAAUGUGUUUCUGUAA